CUUGAUGGAGACAGAAAAAAAUGACUUUAGGCACAGAAAUGGCUCCCAAUCGUCCCCAUUCAAUGACUAUUAUGGUUAUACUGACUUUAUAAAAAGUUGGAGAUUACUAGAUGAGGAAAACUUCUUACAUAAUGACAACCGUGUUUUAGAGAAAUGGAAUGUUAACAAUGGAGAAUCCCUGGAUGAAGCUUGUUCGAAUGGUCACUCAAUAUCUAAGAAUAAAUGUCAGUUUGGCGGAGAGAAGAGAAAACGGCGAGAUGUCGUCACAAGGAUUGGAAAAGAAAUAAAGUCAAGUAUUAAUAACAUGAGAGUGUGUAAAUACAAAGUCACGAAGAAUCGACGAUCACCUAUAACAGUGAUUUUACGGGUGAUUUGCUACUUAAACCUUCCUCAGGAUUUGACGGUCAGCGCCUGUACAACACUAGAGACACAAUUUACGGUAAUAAACGGGUACGUUGGCGGCACGGUUUAUAUCGAGGGAACGACACAAAACUUUGACAGCUGUCAUCAUACUCUAGCAGGAAAUACAGCAGACGUUUUCCAGCUCACCUUUGAAACAUGUGGUGUGACGUAUGGUUUUCUUGCAUCGUCGAACACGAUCGAUUUCUACGUUGUUGUUACACAGUACCAGUUCGUUAAUGUUAACUCAGAUCCUCGGUUCCACGUUCGAUGCACAUUUCAGGAAUCUACACACACCGCCGAUAUACAAGUGGAGUCAGUGACGGCUGAUAAAAGUGGUACCGAGAAACGGUUCAAUACAGAUUCAUAUGCUGAUAUUUCACUAUGUAGGAGCACUUUAAAUGGAACUUGUGACCCAGUAACGUAUUCUAACACAGUAACUAUGGGAGACCAACUGACACUGCGUUUUGACUUAUCUCCACAAGUCCCCAAUUAUGAACUGCGUGUAGACGAAUGUUUCUUUGAAGCAAAGGAUCAACAAACAGGCAUGAGUGUUUCAAUGCUUCAGCUUUUGGAUAUCCAAUCACAUUGCUCUGAAUAUUCAAUAUUCCCUGACUUUGUACAUUCCACGAUGACGAUAACAAGUUCCGGUGGAAACGUGUUUGAAGUGCCGUAUGCCGUGACGUCAUUUACGGCGUUUAUCCCAAUUACAAUAACAAAAGCGUUAGCACUAGUUGAUCUUGACCUCGUAAUUGGCUGUAAAGUCGCAAUUUGUUUUAGUGGAAGCAACGAUUGCACUGUGCCCACGUGCGGAGGCGCGCGAAAGAAACGUGCAGAUGAAGCGGACUCGAGCGGGCAAGUUGCCAAUAACACCCAGAUAUGGCUGUAUGAAGGUUUCAAAAUGCAGAUAGGAGAUCAUAAAAGUACACAGAUAGAACAAGGGACUAAUGGUGUUGGUUUGUUACCUGUAGAACCGGGAACCAGUGAUAUAUGCUUGAAUAAACAGGAAUUCUGGGGUAUACUGUUGAGUUUACUGUUCCUGAUAGUCUGUGCUGUUACUGGAUUUUGCUGUUUCUUCGUUAUAACAAAGAGACAACAACGGCGGAGAAAGCUGAUUUAUGACGACAUUUUCUCCUCCGCGUCUGUCACUAAGACAAACUCCGUGUCAAGUUCGAGUCAGUCCACUGUUGAGCAACCUCAUUUUCUACCUAGAUAUGUAGCGUACUCUCUAAAACCAAAUAAUUCUUUGAAAUAUUAAACUGCAAAAUGAUUCCUUAAAAACCAAAUAAGACAAUAAAAGUGUAGAAGCCAAAAUGCAACAGAUUUUCUUGAAGAAAGUAGAAACAAAUAUUUUUUUUUAAAUUAAUGUUACAUCGCAAGACUCGACCAUCUAUCGCCAAACUAAAUUUCUUAAUUAAUAACUUUAAUUGCUACUUUAGUUAUGGGAAUAGGUCUGUAAAAGGUACAUGCAUGUUAAACUGAUGUUUGAUAAUUAUGGUUUAUACCUGAAUUAGUUUUAAUUUUGUCAUAAAAAUAUUUUCGUUUUUCUUUACAGCAAAAUCAUUUACAAUUUUUGAUCAACGAGAUGAAAAAUUUCGUAUA